GUAGGCGAAUAGCGGUCCACUAGAUUCUCCAUGCGUCGGGGAGGUAUCACUGAAUAAUAACGGACUUGACGCUUCCAGCCAUCCACUCGCAGAUAGACCUUUUAGUAGCUUAAGGGUGUGAACAUUUUGACGUCCACUGCUCGGUCUUUUAAACUAGGCUACUGUAUUCGAUGAAAAUCGGGAUGGUUUCCCUCAGCAGCUCCCUGCUUGGAUAACCUUAUCGCUGUGCUGUGUGGAUGCUCUGGAUAACGGGUCUCCCUACCAUUCCGACCAGAGCUGUCUUGGAAAUGAAAGUAAAUGAUUGACUGGACAGGCAGUGAAUGCUAGACGCACAAGUCACUGACCUCACACUGUCAACCGCAGAAGAACAGCUGGAUGUAGUUACCUGGCCAUCGUUAAGUUGACAGGACCAUCCUGGAUUGUGUACCACCGUUCAAUUACGGUAUUAUUGGUCAGCAGACGUAUCAUGGACAUACACAAGGAUUCCUCAUCUAUGUGACUUUUGUCUGACCGAACAUUUUUCUAUAGAAUGCCAAGGCUUUCCCUUCAAAAUAUAAGGAACUAGUAUUCUGGUCAGCUUUUUACUCUGAGAUGUUGUUGUUUUCCAACAGAGUCAAGAGGAGCCUGUAAUUGUGAUGAGGAAGACAGGGACUGUUUCUGUUCAUCAGAGGAACCCGGCGUUCAGCCUGUUAGAGCCACGGAAUCUCCAGGGGAGGAAAUAUUCUCAGACAUCACUUGGAAAUUGGAACUUUCAAUAAGUGGCUUCUCUCUGUUUUUCCCUUCCUUCCACCUCCCAGACAACUGAGUUUUUAAUCUACCACUACACCAUGUCUCUAUCGAAGUGGAGGAAGAUCAGGGCAUUUACUGUGUUUUCAUGCAUUGUAACUUUCACCACGUUCCUCUUCAGUUACACGUUGAGAGAUCCCUCUCUGUACUUCUUCAAAUACGCCAUCCGCAAGUCGGACAGCUUCUUCUCUAAGGGCCAGUGUGGCUGUCGACAGUGUAUGACCGAGCUGGAGGAUGACCCCUGGUUUACUGAGAGGUUCAACCUGUCUGUCCACCCUCUGAUGUCUAGGAGGAACAGCCUGCUGACUGACGACACAUACCGCUGGUGGCAGUGGUUGCAGGCAGAGCAAGAGCCGGCCAACUUCAGCGAGGUGGUGGAGAAGUUGUUCCAGGUCAUCCCUGAUGCUGACCUUUACAUGGAUGCGGGCCCUGAGCGCUGUAGGACCUGUGCUGUGGUGGGGAACUCUGGGAACCUUAAGGGCUCCCACUACGGAGCCCUCAUCGACUCCAGUGAUGUCAUCAUAAGAAUGAACAUGGCUCCUACCUCUGGCUAUGAGGAGGAUGUUGGGAGCCGGACCACGCAUCACGUCAUGUACCCAGAGAGCGCCAUAGAUCUGGACAACACCACCAGUCUUCUGCUCAUCCCCUUCAAGACUCUGGACUUGCAGUGGAUCACCAGUGCCUUGACUACAGGCUCCAUCAAACACACGUACAUUCCUGUCCAGUCCAGGAUUAAGGCAAACAAGAACAGGGUGUUGAUAUACAGCCCGACCUUCUUUAAAUAUGUCUAUGACGCAUGGCUGGAGAGUCAUGGCCGGUAUCCCUCCACUGGCUUCCUCAGCCUAUUGUUUUCCAUUCACAUCUGUGAUAAGGUGAGUGUGUACGGGUUUGGAGCGGAUCAGUACGGGAACUGGCACCACUACUGGGAAGAGAAUCACCAGGGAGGAGCAUUCCGCCACACCGGGGUGCAUGAUGCUGACUAUGAGUACAACGUUACCCUGCUUCUGGCUGACAAACACAAGAUCAAGAUUUUCAAAGGCUUCUGAUGUCUGGAGAUGUCACUGGCCUGAGACCAUCAAGCCUCUUAAAUGAAAUUCUGUCGACUCAGAGGUUAACCACUGGGCAUAAACUGGUUGAAUCAACAUUGUUUCAACGUAAUUUGUCAACGUAUUGUGACGUGGAAUCUGUGUAAAAUUCAUUGGAUUUGCAAAAAGUAAUCAACUGUUGUUUUGAGGGUGAAAUUUCAACCACAGGAUUUUGUCAUCAUUGUAAACAAUUUUCAACAUAGACAAAGCUUGUAUAAAAUAUGUUGAAUUUGUACCUUUUGAAACAAUGUCAGAUCUUCAAUGUUAUAUCUACUAUCAGGAAAAAAAACUAUAGCUGGGCAGCACCUCCUUCUGGAAAAUUCUACAGCUAUUUAUAGCUA